AGAUAGCUGAGGCACACACCCUUGGAAGAUUCGUUAAUUUCCCCUCAAAAUUCUAUGUUUAUAGUUAUAUAAUUCAAAAACAAGCUUAGAUAUGAGGAUUCAUUUCUGCUACAGAACACCACCCUUGGUACAACCCAAAAGACCAGUGUUUACUUUUCAUUAAAGAAUGGAACCUGCUUGAUUUACCAGCAGGUGAAGAACCAAAGGAGGGUUUAUCUUUAUUCUUCUUAGCAUUGAGAGUCUGUUCUUGGAACCUUCAGGCACCAUGGGGAAGCGGGAUAAUCGAGUGGCCUACAUGAAUCCUAUAGCAAUGGCCAGAUGGAGGGGCCCAACUCAAUCUACAGGCCCAACAAUACAAGAUUAUCUGAAUCGACCAAGGCCUACCUGGGAAGAAGUGAAGAAACAAUUAGAAAAUAAAAAGAAAGGCUCCAAGGCAUUAGCUGAAUUUGAAGAAAAAAUGAAUGAGAAUUGGAAAAAAGAAUUAGAAAAAAGUAGGGAGAAAUUAUUGAGUGGAAAUGAGAGCUCUUCUAAAAAAAAAGAAAAAAAGAAAAAGAAAAAGAAGAAAUCUUGUCCAAGGUCUUCAUCUUCUUCUUCAUCAAUUUCUGAUUCUUCAAGCAGUUCAGAUUCUGAGAAUGAGGAAAAGAAACAAGGAAAAAAGAGAAAGAAAAAGAAGAACCAUUCAUACAAAUCAUCAGAAAGGUCUACAUAUGAAUCUGAAUCAGAAAGCAAGGAAUCUGUGAAAAAGAAAAAGAAGUCAAAAGAUGAAACAGAGAAAGAAAAGUAUAUUAGAAGUCUCAGCAAAAAAAGAAAGAAGACUUAUCCUGAAGAUAAACCCUCAUCAUCAGAGUCCUCAUCAGAAUCAGAUUAUGAAGAGGAAGUGCAAGCAAAAAAGAAGAGAAGACAUGAAGAGCAAGAAAAAGCAACAGAAAAAGCAAAGAAAAAGAAGAAGAAACAGCGCAAGAAACAUAGUAAGAAGAAAAAGAAGUCGGGUUCAAGUCACAAGUCAGGAUAACAAGAAAAAAAUUA